CCGCGUCUGGCCCCACAUGCCCGACAUCCGCCUCGGCACCUGCGACGACCCCCACCCGGGGGCGACGCGCCUGGACAGCGUCGACGCCGCCCUCGCCGCCUACGACGCCCCGGCCGCCCGGCGCCUCGACGUGGCCAUGCACUGCCACGGACUCCGCGUCCGGGCGCGCCAAGUCGCCCCGUGGCUGCGCUUCGCCUCGGAGCGCCGCGUGGCCAAGCUCAACAUCGAGCUGCCCUCCCAGACGAGGUUCUUGUUCGUUAGGCGGCGCAGGGCUGAUGCUACGGAACUAGAGGAGGAGCUCGAGCUUCCCGUGUGGGAUGAAGCGAAGAGGAUCACGCUCACGCUCGAGCAACGGUGGAGGCUCCGGCGCCGUCCGGCCGGCGUGUUCACCGCGCUGACCGAUCUGUAUAUAAGCCUCGCCACCAUGGAAGCCAGAGAACUUGGCGACCUCGUGUCCUUGCAGUGCCCGCUCCUGAGGAACCUGUACCUCUUCGUCACGCUGGUUGCUGCGUCCAAUGUCUCCAUACGCUCCGAUUCGCUCCGUUCCCUGCUGUUCCGCGUCGAGAACGCCCAGAGGCUAGAGGUCGUCGCCCCUAACCUGGAAGAACUGACCGUGUCUGACGCCACCGAGGCACAUGUCUCUGCACCGAAGCUCAGCGAGGUAACUUGGUAUGGUGACAUCGCCUACGACCCUCGCCGCCACUGCAUUGCUGAUGCUGGCCGUCACCUCCGGCUGCUGGAUCUGGGCUCAAAGUGCGUAGUCGCUUCCCUGUUGCAGCGAUUCGAUAAAGUUGAUGUGUUGAAACUGACCCUGAACCUCUGCGAUCAAACGCAAAGACAAGGAUACACGAGUUUCGUGAAUGAAACGACCAAGCUUCCCGAGUGCGAGACAUUACGACUACGAGUGACAUUAGGCGAUUAUUACCACAACUUAGCGUCAAGCAUGUUGCAUCUCUUGAGGAGCUGCAACAGUACUAGGAAGCUUUCCGUAAAAGUCGAUUCUGGUCUUCCCAUGCAGAGGUACUCUUGCCUGUUGUCUUGCCAUUGUCGCUUACCAGAGAGUUGCAAGGCUGAUGACAUUACUCUUGACGCCCUUGAAGAGGCCAAAAUCACUUUCAUUAGAAGUUCCUAUGAAGAAGUGCAGUUCGUGGAGCAGCUUGCCGGAUGCCAUGCACCAAGCCUGAAAAAAUUAGUCAUCAACUGUGAACGAUGGAGCGAUGGUCCACCCACCAAGGAGAUACAAGAGAAGGUCUGCAGAAUGUUUCUUCCAGAUGUUGAAGUCAAAUUCAAUGUUACUUAGCACGAGACGGGUGUGUCUGUUUUGACCGAAAGCUUGUGACAAUACUGUGUAAUAAUGGCCAUCACUAGUUUUUGCAUUCGUGCUCUUACCCGUUUGAAUUAUGAGGAUUGUUCAGAA